UUUAAUUUUUUUUUUUUGUCCAGUCUAAUUGGUCCUCCUCCUUCCUCAGCCUCCCCUUUCUUCUUCAGGUGGCGUCUGGUCUCUCUCUCUCUCUCGUCCCCAAGAAAAUCGCUUCUUUUUCUUUCCUUCUUCUUCUUCUUCUUUAUUAAACCCAAAAAAAAAAAAAAAAAAAAUCCUAACUUUGAGAAGAGAAGUGGUUCCAGAUGAUUCGAUGUUCAUUUCAGACAUGGAGCGAAAAACCCUAGCGACUACGCCUCCUUCCUUCUUCUUCUUCCACCUUCGAGGAGCAGCAUUUGGUUCAUCAAAGGCAUCUCAUUGUCUUCUCCUUCUCUCAUGUCUAUUGCUUUCCUCAGUCAAUACUUUGCAUAACUUAGCUGAGUAUGACUCUUUUGGUUCCAAUGGCUACUUCUACAACACUGAAACUCCUGCUACUAAGGGGUUUUAUGGUCAAGAUUCUCAGAGUGUAGCUAUCCCCAAAACUGACCACAAUGUUUGUCCCAGUUCUCAGUUGUUCUGUUUCCUUUCAGCUUUAAGAUCACAGAAUCAGUCUGAUCCAUUACCAUUUGUACCCUUUUUUGGGUUGUCGUCCUAUCCCAAGGAAUCGUUGAGUAGCUCUGCUCUGAGCAGAAAUAAUCUAUCUGGUGUUGUGUGGCUGUCUCUUAAGCCUGUCCACAUCAUAGAGUUUCAGCCUUUUACUGGAUUCUUUCACAUUGGAGACACCACUUGUUACAAGCCUUUGUCGAAAGAGCUCUAUACUAAGAAGAACACAAGGGAGCUGAGUAUUCCCACCAACACAAGGGAGUUGAGUGUUUUGGUUUCGAGAAAACAAUGUGGAGGAAAUGGUUUUGUGGUGAACCAUCAGAGUGAAGGGUUUUCACUAGAGCCAGGGGAAUCCAUCAAGUAUCUAUUUUUCUACCAGACUGAACUCUCUUGGGCAUCUGGAGUUGCUGUUUUUGCAGUACCUAUGAAGGCGACAGCACCUGUUUUGAUGCUUAAUCUCUGCAAGAAACCGGUCUUUUGGGUGCGGACUAAGAAAUUCUCAGUUGCGGUUCUUAUUGCUGCUGCUUUACUCAUUCUGAUGUUUUGCUUCAAUGAUCACUUCAUCGAGGAGAACAACAACAAGAGAAACCACAUGGAGUUGAGAGAAGUUGAGAAACCAUCCGCAUUCACAAUCUCCCCUGAAAUGAAUUCUCUGCUAAGAUCCAUAAGCAAAGAAAGCCUCCAAGGGUUGUUUAGUGAGGUUCCCAAGAACAGCAGCGUAAAGCCAGUUGCUUCUGUUUCUUCUGUUUCUUCUUCCCACGAAGAAGAAGCAUCAGAAGCUGUGAACCUCACUGUAAAGACUGCAAAAGACAAGAAGAGGCGCCGAAACAAGAAGAAGAAGAAAGGAGGAAUCAACGGAUUAACAUCUGAGCGCACAGAUGUUUCAAGCAGUCACAGCGGAAACUCAACUCCCAACUCUCCAAUGUCACCAGAACCACCAACUACUACUCGAGCCACAACAAAGCCCGUAAAGCCUCCUAAACCAGUCUUGUCACAUUCAGCAACGUUUCCGGUUUCAGGAGUUAAGUCAAUGAUCAUAGAACGUAGCUCUCUGGCUCCAAAUGUGAGAGCUCCUGGAGCAAACUCAAGAACCGAAGUGAAAGAAGAGAAGGCGAAAGAGUAUAAGUACGAUAUCUGGGGAGACCACUUGACAGGGCUUCAUUUGAUGGAUAGGUUUAAGGAAGUAAGAGAAGGUAAAAGCUGCUCAGGUUUUGAUGGAGAUGAGUGUGAGAGUUUCUUUGUUAAGGGUCCUCAGAACUUGUUGUUAGCAAACUCUGAUGCCAGGUUUGCAAGUUUUGGGAACCAAUGGGGCUUAUAAAGAAAUAAAUAAUAAUAAAAAACCAAAAGAUUAAAA